UUAUGUAAAAAUUAUAAAUACGUGUCAAGAGUAAAACGAGCCAACGUUUAAAAAUGCUUCAGCGGGAAAAAGCAUGAUGAGCCAUAUUUUUGGUAGUAUGACGGUAAUAACCAAUCCCCGUCAUAUUAUUUCCAAGUGCUCUUCAAACACCCGAAGAGAAAGAGUCGUAAAGCUGUAAAGUUACGCGUGGUUCGUUUCGGGUAAAUUCGUCGUUUGUUGACAGAGAGAUUAAAAAAAUAAUGAUACCAGUUUGUAAAAUUGAUUAAAGUGUGGCCUCCCAGUACCCUAAUGUAAUUUUUCUAUGAUGUUCAGUGUUAUAAAAUAACAAUUAAACAUCACCCAAAGCUUCUUCAUUAAGUUGUGCCUAAAAUUCAAGGUCUGCUUACAAUAGGAGAGUUUUUGUUGUUUGCCCCAGAGAUAUGAAAUUCGAACUGCAUUACUGUAUAUGUUUUUAUCAUGUGUUGCAACACACUGAGCUCUCUUGAGCAAAGCACAUGGGUGGAAAAAACGUCAUCGGCUGCAUCCAUCCAUGAGCUUUUUAUCCAACAAACAUGUUUUGAAUGUUCACAUGCAGUCUUGCAACAGUGUCUGCAUCAGACCAGACACUCUUUCACAACUCAUUUAGAUAACAUAGCAUCUUCAAAUAAUAAUUGUUACCUGUUGAUGACCUAAAACGUCACUGUUAAAUCUGAAGUGUAGUUUUGGAAAAUCAGAUGUGCUCUUACGCCUAUUUGUGGGCCCGCUAAAAAUAGGGCCUUGCUGGCAGCACAUGCACCCCUCUGAUAGACAGUUCCAGAGGGUUUCUUCACAGGCACGGACUACAAAGAAGCACAGACAACAUGUCAAUGGGGCAUUUCUAUGAUUAAUAAAAUUCAGCUACAAUCCAAGGCAAAUAAGUCUGACCACCUCAGGACGUGACUCAGGAUUUUGUAUUUUUUAUUUAUUUUUGGGUUACAUUUUUGGGGAAGGGUUGGUGAAAUAAUAGUGUAUUUCACAUUUUUGGUGAAUUACUCCAGUGCAUAAUGACUUCCAGGAGGCCAAUGACUCUUUCUUUUUCUGCCAACGGGAGAACCAGCAGCUUCACUGAAGAGGACAGCACCUCUUUAAAUGGCCGCACAGAAACCCGCAAUAAUUACCUCUCAAAUGUUAGGCCAGAAAACAGCUAUUCAAGGUAUUCUCACUACAGGCCAACGAGGAGUACCUUGUGUGCUGUCAUGGCUCAACUUACCGAGGAUGUACAACCAUCCUUUGAGACCACCUUAAAAUCAAAAGCUGUGUCGGAAAACUGUAACGUCAAGUUCACCUGUGUCGUAUCAGGCUAUCCUGCUCCGGAACUGAAAUGGUAUAAGGAUGAUAUGGAAAUGGACCGUUAUUGUGGACUUCCAAAGUAUGAGAUCCACAAAAAUGGGAAAACACACACCCUCCAAAUUUACAAUUGCACAUUGGAUGAUGCGGCUAUCUAUCAGGUCUCAGCGAGCAAUAGCAAAGGUAUUGUCUCCUGCUCGGGGGUAUUGGAAGUGGGUACCAUGAGUGAGUUCAAGAUCCACCAGAGAUUUUUCGCCAAGCUGAAGCAAAAAGCCGAGAAGAAGCGGAAAGACUUGGAAGAACAGAACAAGAAGGGGGUCAGGGACAAUCUUCAGACAGAGGAACCACAUGUUAGUCCGGAGCCACCUCCGAGGAAACGUCCAGUUCCAGGAGCGGCGCCAGUCCAAGCAGCUAAUGAGCGUGAAGUUGUGGAGCAACUGCGCUCCGCUGCGGGAGCCAAUGGCGUUAGCUUUGACGUCAAAGGAACAGCCUCUGCAAUACCUUUGGACAAUAGUCUGGAAAAGAACAUACCGGCCCCUGAGGAACUCGUGGCCAAAAAGAAACCAAAGAUCGCCAAUGGUGUCGAUGCCGGCGUUAACACCACCACAAACAGCAGCAGCAACAGCAGCAACAGAGGCCAUGCGAUCGAAAAUGGAGGUGAAAACUGUUAUGACGGCGGAAUGGGUUUAGCCCAAUUUUUAUCGGAGGCUCUGCAGUCACAGACUGCGGAAGAGAGCGAGAACUCAUCUCAACUGGAAAAACCACAGAGGAUGGACGUAUGUAUUGACAAUGCAAGUGUAGAAAAUGAAGGAAGGCUUGAAAAGUUACAAGUCGAGAGGGAAAAACGUGAAACGGCACAAGACAACGAGACCAUAAAAGAAAAAUAUUUAGUGAUCGAAAGGGAGAAAGAAAAGGAAAGGUUCCAAGAAGUGUCCCAUUUGGCAGAGCACCCUAAACAUCACAGAAAAUCUCUUAAGGAUCACGACCAUCAUACCAUUCAGUCAUCUUUCUCAUCCAUGUUGCACACAGUCAAAGAUUUCCUCUUUGGGAAGGGGAAGAAGGACUCUCAUGAAUCCAUUGAACACAAAGAUAAAGAACAUGACCACCUUCCCAAGUCCAUACAGCCUAAAUCUACGGCAUCACAAACCCCGCCAUCAUAUCGACUAUACAAGAAGCAUCGUGCAGAGAUGGACAAAGUUCACUCGGCCCAAGUCGUACCGAUGGAGACUGAUAAGCCAAAAGAGCCUCCAAAGAGCGUGGAUGUAAACCAACAGUCUGCGUCAAAGAAACUCUCGAUGCCACAAGAACCUAAAGUAAAAGUUGAAGCUGUAAAGUCACCGAUGAGUGAAUUUAUCCCUGGGAGCCCAAAAGAGUCUAGUGGGCAAAGAAACCAGGAGACCGGGGUUCUGGUGGAGAACAUGGAGGUAUCAGCGGGUGAAAGGACCAGCGGUGCGGGUCAACAAACGCAAUUGUCCGGUCUUCAAGUUCUUACUGAGGCUGAAGAGAAACAUCCAGAGGUGGUCUCAAGUGCGGUUAUGGUUCUCUCACAACAAGAGUCUCGUCACCUUGUUGUAGAAACUACGUCUUCAACAAAAGAAGAUACGCCUUUCAGCCAAAGUUUCCUUUCCCCAUCCAGCCUAUUCGCAGAUGACCAAGCUCCUCCUCCCAGUGUUAUCUCAGCUACGGCAACUAGUCGCCUUUGCUUGACAUCCACUGAAGCUUUACAAGGGGGAGAGGAAGGGUUUGAAAAGAUGGCUAAAGGCAGUACACCUGACAAAGAGGUGAACAAACCUUCCAAGAAAGUAUGUGUGGCAAAUAACGUGACGUUAAAAGCGUUGCCUCAUCCCUCUGUAAACAAACCAGAGGUGACUGUAUUAACACCCCCUUCAUUGGAAAAGGGUAAACCUGACAAAGAGGUCAAUUACCCCCCUGAGAAAAUAUUUGUGGAAACCGAAGAGAAAUUAAAGAAGCUACCCCAACCCAAUAUUAACGGAACCGAGGUGGCUGUAUCACCAGCACCCUUGCUAGAAAAGGGUCAACCAGACAAUGAUGCCAACCACUUUCCCAAGAAAUUAUGUGUGAAAACUGAGGAGAAAUUAAAGGAGCAACCCAGUCCCGAUAAAAACAGACCCAAGGUGGCUAUCAUGACUCAGCCUUCACUGAAAAUGGGUAAACCUGACAAGGAGGUGAACUACCCGGACAAUAGAGUAUGUGUGGAAACUGAAGAGAAAUUAAAGAAGGUACCCCGACCCAAUAUUAAUAGAACCAAGGUGGCUGAUUCACCAACGGCUUUGCUAGCAGACGGUAAACCUGAGAAAGAUACAAACUACCCGUCCAAGAAAUUCUGUGUGGAAACUGAAGAGAAAGUAAAGGAACAACCCCAUCCCGAUACAAACAGACCCAAGGUGGCUAUCAUCACUCAGCCUUCACCGAAAGUGGGUAAACCUGACAAAGAGGUGAACUCCCCGUCCAAUAAAGUACGUGCGGAAACUGAUGAGAAAUUAAAAGAGCUACCCCUUCCCGAUAUAAACAUACCCAAGGUAUUAACGGCGCCUUUGCUGGAAGAAGCAUCAAGCAUGAGGGAAAUCAAAACAGCCAAUCAGAUCCUCGUCUCGGGUAUAAAAGCAUUUGGUUCACACAGCGAUCAUGCAAAAGAGGAGGCUGAAAAGGUUUCGGUGACUCAGGAAAUGAAUUUUGAAUUUGUACCUGAUGCGGCCCCCAAGAUGUUUGACCUAAAAAUGUGGUCUGGAUGCACGCCUUCCUUCUCAGAUGAAAGCAAAGAAGACCCAGAACAGAGACCACAACAGAGUUCAGAAUUCGUUUUUACAAGCCGCAAGAUGAGAGGUGAAAGACAGGAAGGAGUCCCUUACGCUCGACUCACAGCUCUAGAAGAAAAUCUGAAUAAUGUAAAAGAACAAAAGCAGGUGACUGUACAACCUAUUGAAACUAACAACCAAGUUUCGGAAAUGGUGACAGAAAAGAAACCACCGGCUGUAGGAGAUGAGUUGGAGAAGAAGUCAGACAAGAUUUCUACAGACAAGAAAGAUCAGAAGCAAGUUGAAAUAAGUCUUUUGGAAGAUGCUUCAAACAUGGCGCAUCAAGACUGCACUGUGAAACAGCAGCGUCCAUCAGAAAAAGUUCCGCUAUCAUUGUCCUCUGACGACACAGCAGAAGUCAAAGAAGCUGUGUCUGAUAAAAGCACACAUGAACACAUUGCUCUCCCAAAGAUUGAUGUGAUACAACCUCAACCCAAAAAGUUUACUCUGCCGCUAACUAUCUUAGCACUCAAGAAGAUCGAAUCAGAGCCAAGUAUUUUAGAAAAACAUUUAAAACCGCAAGUCAUAGCCCAGGAUGCUGUUGAUUCCUCAGGCUUGUUAUCCAAGCAGAAAGAUCUGCAUCGAGACGAUAAGCGAUCACCCUCACAUGAGGCAAAGGACCCUGGGCAGUUAGAUGACAAGACAGAAAUAAUUGCACAGGAGCAGGCAAGUAUGAAAGCUAUUCAGCAGGUAGAUUACCCAACAAUUCCCCAAAUAAAUGUUUCCUGCAGCGAUGACAAAGAGGAUCAUAGCUUCCUAAAGACGUAUGUUCUGGAUUCCCCGCAGCCCUCACAAAUGUCGACUGUGCCUUUGUUUGUGGUACCACUAAUAUCUGAACCUUUGGUGGUCACACAGAGCGUAAGACAGCUUGGAACGGGUAGCACCAUGACAGCUAUGUCUGAAAAAUAUCAAGACAUGUCAGAACAAAGUUUAACUGAGAGCUUUUCUUCUAUGCCAAGUGAAACUGUGCUACAAAGGAGGAACGAUGUCGGGCCUUCAUUCAGCAAAGCCACGGAGGAUGAUAUUUCCCUUGAAAUACUGAAUGCAAAACCCUUAAAACAGGCCAAGAUUGACACUUCUGUAACUGUCGAGGACCUCAUCAGAAACAGAGCCCCUGUUGAGAGACUCACACACAAACCACCCACUCACCCAUCACUGAGCCCCGGCAGCAUCCGUAAAUAUAUGACCAGGGCAGCCGCAGAACUAGAGAGUGACGCUGGGAUGAUGGUCCCUGUGAUCACAGUGGAUGAGCGCCAGAAUGACAAGCCAGAUGAAGACAUGAGUGGAGGAUCAACCCCGACAUCCUCUACGCCGACGUCAUCGCUUUCCUGUGAAAGCAGCCCCAGGCUGAAACGAAGGGACAGUCUUUCACUUAUACGCUCCGCUACACCCGAGGAGUUGGCCUCGGGAGCCCGCCGCAAAAUCUUCAUCCCUAAACCUAAAGACGAUACCGACACAGCUGCUGUUGCGCUGGAAGCUCAAAACAAGAAGGAGUCACCUUACAUGUCCCCGAGCCAGGCUCGCAGAGCAGCAUUGCUCCAAGCCCCCGUGGGACAAAACACCCCUCCGAUGGAGAGGCGUUCGCCGCUAAUGAAUCGCAGGAAGGCCACGCUGGAGGUACCCAAAAUGGUGGAGGAGCCGCCCAAGGAGGAGCCAGCCAAAGGUGUUAAAGAGGAGAAAGUUGCUGAAAAGAAGUUGGACCCGCUGAAAGCUCCACAGGUCAUCCGUAAGAUCAGAGGGGAGCCUUUCCCAGAUGCCUCCGGACACCUAAAGCUGUGGUGCCAGUUUUUCAACGUGCUCUCCGACUCCACCAUUAAAUGGUUCAGGGAUGAAGAGGAAAUACUGGAGGUCAAGAGAAGUGCUGGGGAUGAGACUCAAGUGGCACUUGCCAUAGUUCUGGCCGCAAGCCAAGAUUGCGGCGUGUACGGCUGCAGCAUCCAGAACGAGUACGGCACUGACACCACAGACUUCCUCCUCAGCGUAGACAUUCUGUCCGACAUACUUCUCAGAGAUGAUUUGGAAGUUGGGGAGGAGAUAGAGAUGACACCGCUGCUGUUCACCAAGGGCCUCGCCAACUCCGGUAACUGGGGCGACAAGUACUUUGGCCGCAUCAUGACGGAGACGGCGCACAUCGGUGAAGGUUGCAGCCAUAAAGCCAGCAGAGUGAAAGUCAUCUAUGGCCUAAAUCCUGUCUAUGAGUCUGGGAGCACUUGUAUCAUCAAGGUUCCAAACCCCAUCGGCUACGGGACCAAGCAGGAUAACAACCUAAUUGAAAGAAAUCUAGAAAUGACAAAGCAAGAAUGCAAAAUUCAGAACAUGAUCCGAGAAUAUUGCAAAAUAUUUGCAGCUGAAGCAAGAGUUAUCGAAAACUUUGGAUCUUCACUCGAAGUAAUCCCUCGGUACCUGAUGUAUCGCCCUGCCAACUCUGUGCCGUACGCUACAGUGGAAGUUGACCUGGGGGAGGUCUUCCUUAAGUAUUGUGUGACGGAUGCAAAAGGCCGCCUAAUUGCGCAAAGUGCAUCUGAGAUAGAACAGAAAUGCAGCACCUUCCAGCACUGGAUUCACCAAUGGACGCACGGCAAUUUACUCAUCACCCGCAUGGAAGGUGUUGAAAUGAAGAUUACAAAUGUUAGAGUGGUGACAAAGACAAAAGGCUACCAAGGCCUGACAGACUUCAGCUCUCCUGAAGUCUUUGACCAGUUCCCGACAGUCCACCUCUGCAACUACUACUGCGGACUUCUCGGCCUGCGCCCGCUCAAGACUCAGGACCAGCAGCAGACCACCAAGGCGAAGGGCUCCAGGAGCCCUUUGUUCAACCGCAAAACAGGCUCCGGCAGCCCACAGCCGCAUCGUAAAGGACACAGCCCUCAGAUGACACGGAAAUCUAACGUGAGCCCAAAGGUGACGAGGAAAGCCCAAGAGACUGAGGACAACGAUUCAAAUGGCAAACUCAAGGUUGCCGAAACUACUGACCCUCUUGAAAUAAGGUAGGAGAGUGUUUUAGAUGUUUCUCUCCAGUUUAAUAGGAGUUUCCUGUUAUCAAAAAUAAAACCAUGAAGAAUCAUGGGACGUCUCCCCACUACAAAUGUGACUACAAUUUAAAAUCGUGCAGAAGAUAUAUGCUGAACUCUUCCGCACGGGGCCUCGUUGAGUUGACAUUACACUCCUGAAUUCUGACAAACAUGUGCUUCAGAGUCUUAUCAGCUCCACAAGUGGACUCUAUGCAGUACUUGUCGUGGCAGAAAUGACAAUUUCUUGAAGAGGUGUUCCAAUACAUAAGAGGGGGCAGAGAACCUUUUAGUUUUAAACGCUCACGUUUGGCGACGAAAGCUGCACAACACGCAUGUUCAUCUGUGUCGCAAAGUCUGUGCGCAGGGGCAUCCUUUUUAUUUUUAGCACAACUUGCAAGUAAAAUACACUGCAAAUCUUGAGCUUGCGCUGUUCCAUUCAGCUUCAUGAAAAGUCAUACAAUAGACACUUCAUUAGGCACACCUGCAUAUAUGCACACACACACACACACAGUGGAUAAAACAAAUCGGUGAUUGUAAUUCUCAGGUGCAGGUAUAUCUAAUGUUGUGCCAAGUGAGUGGAUUUGUGUGCACAGAAAUAAUAAGUUAUGUUCCGUUGAUUUCUCUUUCUGCUGUUUGCUUGCUUAAAGCAACAAUCACAUUUACGUUAUGAGUUCCGUCAUUUUAACCAUGUUACGGUGCAGCUCAUUGCUACGCAGAACAGCACAUUGGCAGCUGGAACCCAAAAGCUGCUGAUUCAGCUCCACGCUGUUAUCUGCAGCCGACCCAUGGACACAUUGGGCAAAGUAGCAAAAAGAGCACAUUCAGGAUUUCACUCUUUAUGUGAAGCUCAAGGACAACUUACUCAGUUUGAAUAUUUUGUACUUUUUUUUUUUUCUUUUAAGAUGAAAGCACGCAGGCUUCAACACUGCCAUAUAUCUUGUUUCAGUUAAUUAAAAUUGCAAACAAAACUGGCAUGGAUGCAUCAGGAAUGUGUGCAAUGGAAUGAUCAACAGGAGUCAGCAGUUGGCUUUAAAAAAAAAAUCACUUUUUCAUUUUCAUGGGAAGGAAAAAAACAAGUGGAUAAGCAUCAGAUGGACGUGAAACAUUAACAGUACUUCAGAGUGUGGUGACAAAAGGACAAAAUGCAAUUGGCUCUAACGUGUAUCGGAGCGAGUGAAAGCGACAGUACAAAUGUUAAUAAACUGUCACACCAUGUCAAACUAAUACAUUUUCUAUUUUUAAUAAAAAUCUAAAACAUUUG